AAUAUUCCUAAAAUAAAAUUAAAAAAAUAUUUUGCAGGAGUAUUAAAUAUAAAAUUCUGAAUUCCCUAUAUUUCUACCACGUUCUCUUUCAGUAACAUUUGGCCCUAAAUAAAGAAACAGAAAGCUCUAGAGAGAGUGAGAGUGAUUUUGUUGAGAAGAAGAGAAUGGAUAGGUAUCAGAAGGUGGAGAAGCCAAGGCCAGAGGAACCCAUUAAGGAGAAUGAGAUCAGAGUCACUGCACAAGGUCUUAUUCGUAAUUACAUUAGCUAUGCCACCACUCUUCUUCAGGACCAACGAACAAAGGAAAUUGUUUUGAAGGCAAUGGGACAGGCUAUCAGUAAAACAGUUGCCAUUGCAGAGAUUAUAAAGAAGAGAAUUCCUGGGUUGCAUCAAGAUACAUCUAUCAGCUCAACUACCAUAACUGAUGCGUAUGAGCCCCUUGAAGAGGGUCUACAACCCUUGGAGAUGACUCGCCAGGUCUCGCUGAUAACAAUUACUUUGUCGACUGCUGAGUUGAAUCAAAGCUCUCCCGGCUACCAAGCUCCAUCUCGUUUUGAUCAGUCAGGAGCAGAGAAUCAACAACUACAGCAAGCAAAACAAGCCUAUGUUCCUUCUGAUUUUAAUCAAGAUUCUUACGGUGUCCGUGGUCGAGGCCGAGGUAGGGGCAGAGGCAGAGGGCGUGGAAGGGGUCGCGGCAGGGGUGGUUAUGGAAACUACUACCAAGAUGAUGGUGGAUAUUAUAACCCGGGUCGAGGUGGUGGAUUAGCAGAUGAUGGUGGAUACUAUAACCCGGGUCGAGGUGGUGGAUUUGCAGAUAAUGGUGGAUAUUAUAAUCAAGGUCAAGGAGGUGGAUUUGCAGAUAAUGGUGGAUAUUAUAAUCAAGGUCGAGGUGGUGGUCGGGGCAGAGGUUGGGGAUACCGUGGCACGGGAUAUGGAAGGGGCAGAGGUGGAGGCUGGGGUGGUGGCAGAGGUUAUAGUGGACGAGGCCGGAUGGGUGGUCGGGGAGGAAGGGGUGGCGGAAUCCAGUAUAGGCAAGAAGAGUUUACUGUCAGAGGUUAAAUCUAUAGCUUGAUAGGAAGAAAUAUUGCAUAACCUUUGGCAUAGUGCGAGACUCUUUGGGUGAAUUUUCAUGCAGUUUUGUUUGAUGUUACUUGUCAAAGGUUUUGUUAUUUUGGUUGGUUUCUUUUUGCUUUAGUUGAAGAGCCAAUUUGUUUUGUUUUCUCAUAUGAUUCAUUUAUUGUGAUGCCAUAUAAUAAGUUUUCAUUUUUUUCUGUGUAUAUAGACUGUUUACAA